GAAUCAAAUGUGUCUCUUAAUUUUUUUAUCUUGAGCACCAGACGUGUUAUUAGAACAGAAUCUCUACAUGGAUUUCAGUCACACAUUGAAAGUGUUGUCACCUUAUCCUUUCUAGCACGUACUUUCACAGUGUAGUUGUCCAUGAUGCUUAGGUUUGUUAACAUUAGGCAGACCUGUAAACAGUAGCAUAACGUUAAGUUAGCUAACGUUAACGCUAGUUAAAAAUAACUAUUCGUUCUCUGGUUCACUGACUGUUUUGUAACGUUACACCUAACAUGGCCUAAUUGCGUGAAAGUAUUCAGAUUAAAAGCCCGAGCAAUUUAAGCACUGAGGGAACUAGCACUACAGAAGAUUUGUAGCAUUCUGUAACGUUAACUUCUCAGACUUGGGAAGAUACCAGCAGACUGUCGGAUCAUUCAUGAAAGGGACAAACUGAUAUAUCAAGGAUAAGGAGAAACGCAGCAAAGCAGUAUAAGGCGCUACCCAUAAUUACAUGGUCUAGAGUUUGAAACGUAUGAACCAUCAUGUGGCUGCAGUGUCACCUUUGACCUGUGCAUAUUGAAUAGGCUGCCUAGUCUACGUGGUUCUAAACAGACAUGUAAACGAUCGUGCUAGAAAGGCAACUCUCAUACAUGCAAUUUUGCAGAAGACCUUUAUAAUGCAUAUCAGAUAACAAUAAAACGUGUGGCGUUUAAACAAAAGCCGUAGGGAAGAUGGAAGAUCAUCACCCUAAGAGAAAGCGCCGCCCCAAAUUCACAGAUGACGAGCUGUUUGCUCUGGUGUCUGCUGUGUCUGAAAAUCAAGAUGUUUUGUUUGGGAAGUUUCAUUUGGACAUUGGCCGUCAAGCCAGAGAUCUGAAGACUACUGCUUGGCAGAACGUGACCGAUGCGGUCAACAGUAUCAGCGAUGUGCAGAGGAGCGCAGUCGAAGUUAGGACCAAGUACAAGUACUUCAAGUAUGAUGUCACCAAAAAAGCUACGAAUGAGAAAAGGCACCAAGAAGGAACAGAUGGAUAUCUGUCAAAAAAGAUUUUCUACACCCCCGCUGAGAAGGCCCUGCGGAGUCUACUUGAAGUGCACUCACUGUUAGGGACCUCUGAGGGGCCUUUUCUUAAUGACGUGAUGGCACUGGUUGUGGAAGAGGAAUCACAUUCCCCAGAGCCAGGGAAACCACUAGAGUUGCCUUCUUGCUCUGUUCCUGCAGUAGGGCUCCCCGCCGAACCAGAACCAGAACCGCCGACAGUCACUACGGCAACAUCUACAUCACGGGCACCAACAACGAAUCAUCUGUUGUCAAGGCGACGAAGACCAAGGCGGACCUUUAAACAACACCAAAGGCAUCUUCCUAGCCAUCGGAGAACGAGGAAGGAAAUGCUUGUGGUGCAAAGACAAAUAAGAGAUUUGCUGCAGGAUAUGAACAACACCAUAGCCACUGGCUUCAGAGAUAUUGCAGCAGCUAUAAGAUCUGUGGCAGACAACAACAGUCAUGCAUAAGUCAGAGUUAGAGCCCUUGACUUGGUUUUGGUUUUGGGGGUUUAGUGUAUGGGAUCAAAAAUUAUAUUUUCUAAACAUAAUUUCGGGAGAAACCAUUAAAAAUUAUUAGCAUCUCAAUUACCACAUUUUCGCUCUCAUAUGUCCUUUUCUACAUUUCCUUUUCAUAUAUUUAAGCCCGUUAUCCUGUCCUGUAAUGCCUACGCCACAUGCCCACUGACACAAGCACCAUUCUCUACCUUAUCCAUAAGGUAUCUGAACACCUCAAUACAGGUGCUAUAGGCAUCCCAAGACCACUUCUAAGGAAUUUCUAAGCUCAAUUUCAGACAUUCUGGAAUUAAUGGACACUAGUGAAUCAUUUUGUUCCAGAUAUGAUGUAUGAUUCUCGAUCUCUUACUUUUGGCCUUACUUUUGUACUUGCAUAUGAUCCUUCCAUCCUAAGGACCACAAUGGAAACAAGCCUUUGGGCUUUGUCAUGUUUUUAUAUCCUUUUGAACACUUCUUGUUGAUGGUUCAAUAAAGUUUCAAUCAAAAAUCUUUUCUUUUUACAUCAUUUAAUUUUUUUGUGGAUUAAAUCAACAGUAUGUCCUUUUUGGUUUGAGUGAAACUUGGUUUAGAAAAAGGCUAUUGUACAUACUAAAAUGCAUUUAAAACAUUUUUUUGUACUAAAUUGGUUUCACUUCCUUUGGA